CUCCCUAUAAAACCACCGCACACCAAUGUGCCUCUGAUACUUCCUCGUCUCUAAACCACCUCCUUCUCCUCUCGCUGCAUUCUUCCCCAUUGCUGGAAACUCUUCGCACUCUUCGCCUUUAUCUCUCUACUUUUUGUACUUUUUUUUUUAUGCUUUUUUGUUGUUGUUUUGUUUCUCCUGCGGAUUGGGAGAAAACUAAAGUGGACGGGCUGCUGACAGCGAUGGAGGAGUUGUAGGUGUCACCUGAGCAGAGAUGACAGGAGGGAGUCGGGGGAACCUGUACAAGCGACAACCAACGGUUUUGAAAGGUGAAAGGGCCGCCGGGGCGGAGUGAAGGCCGCCAUGCCUCGUAGGAGUAGUUCCGAUUUCCGGGCCCUCCCGGUGUACCAGAAGAGCCACAUCAAGAGGACCCUGGAGCUGGGCACCGUGAUGACCGUGUUCAACUACAAGAAGUCUCAGCCGGAGAGGAGGACCAUCCAGGUGAUAAUGGAAACCUUCCAGGUGGCGUGGAGCAAGACUGCCGACAAAAUCGAAGGCUUCUUGGAUCUCUCGGAAAUUAAGGAGAUCCGCCAGGGAAAGAACUGCCGGGACUUUGAGCGCGGGAAGGCGUCGCGCCUGAAGGAGGAUUGCUGCUUCACCAUCUUCUAUGGAAGUCAGUUUGUGUUGAACACGUUGAGCUUAGAAGCGGACUCUGUUGAAGACGCAGAACAAUGGGAAGUCGGAUUGAACAUAUUGCUGGAGGAGAUUGAGAACGCGCCCACCCUGGCCAUCAUAGAGGGUUGGCUGAGGAAGCAGGUCUACUCGUUGGAUCAGAGCCGGAAGAACAGCAUCAGCACAAGAGAACUGAAGACCAUCCUUCCCCAGAUCAACUUCAAAGUCAGCAGUGUCAAGUCCCUGAAGGACAAGUUACUGGAGAUCGGGAUCCCGAAGGACGACCUCAGCUUUGAACAUUUACAUUUAUUUUACAAACAUCUCAUGUUCGACCAACAGAAGUCAAUUUUGGAUGAAUUCAAAAAAGAUUCUUCAGUAUUUAUCUUGGGAAACGUGGAUCGUUCGGACGCCUCGGCGGUCCAUUUACACGACUUUCAAAGGUUCCUACAACACGAGCAACAGGAAUCCUCAGCCCAGGAUUUGAAUAAAGUCUGCGAGCGGAUGACGAAGUUUAUCGAUGACACGAUGAGGGAGACGGCGGAGCCCUUUCUUUACGUAGAUGAGUUCCUGACCUACUUAUUUUCCAAAGAGAACAGCAUCUGGGAUGAGAAAUACGAUGAAAUCGCCGUCCAGAAUAUGAAUAAUCCUCUGUCGCAUUAUUGGAUCGCUUCCUCGCACAACACGUAUUUAACCGGAGACCAGCUGCGCAGCGAGUCCUCCACAGAAGCCUACGUGCGCUGUCUGCGGAUGGGAUGCAGGUGUAUCGAACUGGACUGCUGGGACGGUCCUGACGGAAAGCCAAUAAUUUAUCACGGAUGGACAAGAACAACGAAAAUUAAAUUUGAGGAUGUGGUGCAAGCUAUUAAAGAUCACGCAUUUGUCACCUCUGAGUACCCGGUCAUCCUCUCCAUAGAGGAACACUGCAAUGUAGAGCAGCAGAGGUACAUGGCCAAGGUGUUCAAGGAGGUCUUCGGAGAUCUUCUGCUGACCAAACCCACCGAAGCGAGCGCCGACCAACUGCCCUCACCCACCCAGCUGAAGGAGAAGAUCAUCAUCAAGCACAAAAAACUGGGACCCAAAGGAGAUUACGUCACCAAUGCAGACGACAGCAAGGAGGAGACCAAACUGCAGGGGGAGCUCUACAUGUGGGACCCCAUCGAUCAGAAAUGGUCUGUUCGAUAUUGCGCAAUCGCCGGCGAUCGGCUUUCCUAUGGCGAUGAAAUUGAGCAAAUUACAGAAGAGGGCGCCGCCAAGUCUUCGCAAGAGCAACACGUGCAGGAGAAAUGGUUCCACGGGAGGAUGCAGGAGGGCCGAUUCAUGGCGGAGCGCCUGCUGCAGGAAUACUGCGCCGAGAUGGGGGGCAAAGACGGCACUUUCCUGGUGCGGGAGAGCGAGUCGUACCUCAAUGAUUAUACUCUCUCCUUCUGGUAUGAUCUGUCUAAAGAUAAACUACAGGCAACUCAUCCUAAGAAUAAACUAUACAGGAGGUCAGGGAGAGUCCAGCACUGCCGGAUCCGCUCCUGUACGGACGGAGAGUAUGUCAAGUAUUACCUGACCGACAACUUGACCUUCGACAGUAUUUAUGAGCUAAUUCAGCACUACAGGGAGUCCUCGCUGCGCUGUGCCGACUUCGAGCUGCGCUUGACGGACGCCGUUCCGAACCCCAACCCACACCUGUGCAAGGAUUGGUAUUACGACAACCUGAGUCGAGGAGAAGCGGAAGAAAUGCUGACGAGGAUACCGCGAGACGGAGCUUUUCUGAUACGAAAGAGAGACGAGCCGAAUUCCUACGCCAUCACCUUCAGGGCGGAGGGCAAAGUGAAGCACUGCAGAAUCCAGAAAGACGGCCGCCUGUUUGUGUUGGGAACUUCGGCUUAUUUCGAAAACUUGGUGGAGCUGGUGAAUUAUUACGAGAAGCACACGCUGUACCGGAAGAUGAAGCUUCGCUACCCGGUGACCGAGGAACUGCUGAUGAGAUUCAACGCUGAAAAGGACGUAGACUCAAUUUACGGCGUAAAGUCCAAGCUGUACGUGGAUCCCAGUGAAAUUUCCCCGGCCAUGCCCCAAGGGACAGUUAUCGCUUUAUUUAACUAUUCUGCUGAAAGACCGGAUGAGUUGAGCUUCUGCACGGGGGCCGUCAUUCACAACGUGGUGAAGAUCUCGGAAGGAUGGUGGAAGGGGGACUACGGACAUAAACUUCAGCACCUCUUCCCCUCCAAUUAUGUGGAGGACAUCUCAAUCAACGAGGAGUUCAUCGCUAACCAGAUUGUUGAGGACAGUCCCCUGGGAUCCAUGUGCCGAGGAAUCCUGGAUCUGGGCACCUAUGACAUCAAGAAACUUCCGCACGGGAAGAACAACAAGAUGUUCGUCUUGACAUUGGAGUCCAAGAACCCCGAGGAACCUUCUGUAGAUUUUGCGACGGACAAAGUGGAGGAAUUGUUUGAAUGGUAUAAAAACAUCCAUCACGUUGUGCACCAGAAGGGGGCGAAGGACUUCAUCAUCAAGACGUGGGAGAAGAAUCAGGUGAUUGCCAGAGAGCUGUCCGACCUGGUGAUCUACUGCAAGCCCAUCAGUGAAGGCAAAGACAACCUAGGGGCGCCGGACUUCCGAGAAAUCCGAUCGUUUGUGGAGAACAAAUCGGAGAGCCUCACUAGGGUGAAGCCCGUUGACCUGCUGAAAUAUAACCGCAGGGCGCUCACGCGCGUCUAUCCCAAGGGGCCGCGAGUGGACUCCUCCAACUACGAUCCGCUGAGGCUCUGGCUGUGCGGAGUCCAGAUGGUGGCUCUGAACUACCAGACUCCAGACCGGUACAUGCAGAUCAACCAAUCCUUGUUCUCUUUCAAUGGACGGUGUGGAUACAUCUUGCAGCCGGAGUGUAUGAGGCAGGAUUCCUAUGACCUGAGUGACUCAAGGAGAAUUGGGCAGAUGGUGCUGACUAUUAAGGUUAUAGGCGCCCGUCAUUUGCCGAAGCCUGGCCGGGGUAUCGCCUGUCCUUUCGUGGAGUUGGAGGUCUGUGGAGGAGAAUUCGAUAAUAAUAAGUUCAGGACCAGCGUAGUGAACGAUAACGGCCUGAACCCCGUGUGGACCUCCGUUCAGCAGCAGGCCAUGUUCGAGAUCCGUGAACCAAACUUGGCUUUCCUGAGGUUUGCCGUGUAUGAAGAGGACAUGUUCAGCGACCCCAACUUUUUAGCUCAAAAUACUUUCCCAAUUAGAGGCUUAAAAACAGGAUAUCGAUCAGUUCCCUUGAAGAAUGGUUAUGGUGAAAAUAUGGAGUUGGCGUCACUUCUGGUUCAUUGCCAAAUAAAGAAAGAUCUGGGCAAUGAAGAAGGCUUGUACAUUUCCUCCGGAGAUCUUCGGCGGCGAGCCGCCCAAAAUAACGAGGUCUCUUUGUACGACACCCACGACAACAUUCGAGUUCCCAGCAGAGAAGCCAUGGGGCGCCAGCCGGGGAACGACAUCCGGACAAUCCCCGAUCCCAGGAGGCCAGGGCCCCGCAAGUAAAGCCAUCAGAAUCUGCUUGAUUAAUAAGGCUAGGGGAGAAACGCGUAAGUAACAGCAGAUUUUACUCAUAGCCGAUCGAUGCUGGAGAGAGGGCGCCCUCUUCCAAAUCCUGGGAACAUCAAAAUUACAAUCAAGUGGAGAACUUUUGAAACAAAAAAAACUUUAUCAAAAACUUGGAUAACCUUCAACAAUCCAUGAAAAGCAUCCACUAUAAACCUUCAGUGAAGCAUCGUCUGCGACUCUCGAACUCCUUGCUGCCAUUUUUCGCUGAUGGAGACGGAGAGAGAGAAGACCCCGGAGGUGGUUUUUGAAGUUCAAUGACGUUUUUCGUCUCGUUUUUGUGGUCCAACAAGAAAUGAACUUUAUAAUCUUGUUUUGUAUGUUGUUUUUUUGUUUUUGUCGACAUGGAGAUCCAAGUUCUCUACCAAAAAAAAAUGACCGAAAGCUAUUUUUUUUUUGCAAAAAGCCCCGGAAAAUUCAACUCUUCAGGAAAGAUAGUUUGUAAUAUUGACACGCGCCACGGAUCGGACGAGUCGAGAACGUUGGUGUGUGGCAAAAAAGAUAUACUUGAACUGUGUGUGUAAAAGGUCGAUAAAAUAUUACUGAAAGUUCGUAAUCUGAA